CACAUCCGGCAGCGUCCAAGACCAUCACCAUGAACACUCUGCUGGUGCUGAGCGCCUUCUUUUCGGCGGCGGUGUGCGCGCCUGGCUUCCUGGGCGCUCCAGGUUUCCCGGGAGUUCCAGGUUUCCUGGGAGCCCCAGGUUUCCCUGGAGGCCCAGGUUUCCCUGGAGCCCCAGGUUUCCCUGGAGCCCCAGGUUUCCCAGGAGCGGCAGGCCUGCUGGGAGCCCACGGCGCGCUGGCAGCAGCUGGCCGCGGCUACGCGGCGCACGCCCCCGCCAACAUCGUGGUGGGGGCGGGCGGCUACGUGCUCGACGCCCCCGACGUGGCCGUCGCCAAGAGCGCCCACCUCGCGGCCGUGGCGGCCACCAGGGCGCGCGACGCUGCCGUCAACGCCGCCGACGCCGCCGCCGCUGCCCACGCCGGCGCCGCACCCGGGUUCCCCGCUCCCGGUUUCCCAGCUCCCGGCUUCCCAGCUCCAGGAUUUCCAGCUCCAGGCUUUCCAGCUCCAGGCUUCCCCACUCCUGGACUGGGCUUCGGCCCCGGUCCUCUGGGCGCCUACGCCCCAGGACACGGCCACGCUAACAUCGUCAUAGGACCAGGCGGAGUGCCGCUCGACACUCCAGAGGUGGCUGCUGGAAAAGUAGCAAACGCCGUCGCCCACCUGCAGGCCAAGGCGCGGACUGGCCAUCUGGGAUGAGCAGACAGCCAAUGUGACUUUCCCAGAUUGUAUUGAGGUUGAUGGUCACGGCACAUUCAUUAUUGUACAAAUUAAUUUAUAUAAAUGGUGCACAGAACUUGUAACCGCUUACAGAGGACUGAAUAAAUUAUAUU